AUGAGUGAAAUGGAAAUCCAAUUAGUAAAUGCAAUCAAAGCGCUUUCGAAAAUUCCUGAAAAGUACACAUGCAAUCAAGAGUAUAGCACUCUGAAAGCUAAUAUGCAGCACCUGCAAGCUACUGAAGCCUCUACUACGAAAUAUUCCAAAGAAUCUUGGAAAAUUAGCUUCCUUAGUGACUUAUUUUGAUUUAUUACUAAUGGAAGCAAGGCCUUUCACGAAAAAAAGGAAUUAGUAUUGUUUUAUGCUGAACAAAUUCAGGGAUUUAAUAUCGAUUGCUCUGUGCUUGAUUUUCAGGCUCUUGAAUAUUUCUUGGAAAGCUUGAGGGAUAUAGCAUGUUUGAAAUUGAAACAGGAAUAUUGUAGAUCUAAGUUUGAAUACAUCAAAAAUCGAGCUAGGCAAUUUGACUGUGCAUCUGAGAAUAUUUCAGGAACAGACAAAGAAUGAAUUAAGAAGUAUAUUAAGAUUUCAUUGUUCUCUUAUUUGUUUGGUGUAUAUUCAGAUUUUGAAAAUUUUGAUGAGAGUUUAGAAGAAGCGUUAAAUCAUACAUAUUGGUCUAAUUUCUUGUAUGAGACUGAAGUAGGAUACCUUCUCUCAAACAGCUGUAUCCUUUUAAAUAUUAGCUUUAAUGGGCCUAAUCCAAAACAUAAACUUUGUAUGCUUUUAGCGUUUGCUGAACAGUUUUAUGAGAUUUUAAUACAAAAAUAUAUAGAUAAAGAAAAUACUAUAGAUUUGCCUCUAAAAAGACAGAGGAAUAAUGAAUACGAAGAAAAAGAGGAAGAGGAAGAAAAACAGAAAGAAAAACGAACUAAAAAGACAAAGAAAAGUGCAAAGAAGAAGACGAAGAAGAAGACGAAGAAGAAGACGAAGAAGAAAAAAAAUAUAAAAAAGAAAGAGGAGGUGGAAGAGAAAGAGAAGAAGGGAAAAAAAACAUAUAUGAAUGAAAUCGAGAUACCUUAUAUAAGAAAUAGACUAAAUACCCUUCUUGGCAUGCCAUUGUAUUUUGUAAGUAAUGAAGCAGCUCAAUUUUUAUUUGAAAAUGCAAUUUUAAAUGAAAAUAGCCUUAUUCAAGGUUUUAAAGCACUAAAUUUGAAUUAUGUGUACUGAAAAGAAAACAAUAUUGUUCAAUACGAGCCAUUUCAAUUAGAUUAUACAAAAUUAUGGGCAAUAACUUCACCUCUACCUCGUGACUGAAAAAAUUACAGACAAUUAGCUGAGUUUUAUCUUCAUAUUGAAAAAGCUGUUUCAGCAUUUUCUAGCUCUAUGGAAUUUUUAGACCAUAAAAGCAUGUUUUUGGUAAUUUGCUGACUGCUUUCUGAAAAUCCAUGCCGAGAGAAUAGUUGGCUUGAUCUAUCUGAGAAAUUAAAUGGUAUUAAUUUUAGUAAGUUUUGAAAACAGCUUGAAGAAGAUGGCUAUAAGGAAUUAAAGGAACCUGAAGGUGGAUCUUUUCUAGUUCUUUAUUAUAUAUACGACUAUUUCGUAAGAGCAAUCAAGCUAUCCAAUAAAGAAAACCUAUUUCUUAACGAAUUUGAUUCUAUUAAAGUAAUCUCACGUUUUCACUUUCCUUUUGCAAAAAAAUUAAGCGAAGAAGAAAUAUCAAAAAUUAAAGCAAUAUUUUCCACAGAGUAUGCUAGAUCAAGAUUUAGCGAAAAUAGCGUUUCUUAUGGUGAAGAAUUGAUCGAUGAGUUUUUAAGAAAGACAUUUAUGUUCGAUUUAGGAGAAAAAAAUAUAUCAGCAAGAGUUUUGAUAAAUAAUUAUACAAUCGUCAAUAGUUAUGCUUGAAUUAGAGACCCUACCAUUCGAUUUUCAGGGAUUACUUAUUCGUUGCUAAAUUGCUUUUCAAGCUUUAUUAGUUUUAAAAAAUGAGACAAUCUUGAAGAAAGAAUCCGUAGUAUAGAGCUCCCAUCAAGCAUCCUAUUUUUUGAUUUUUUGAAGAAAAUAAAUAAAUAUGUGGCAGAGCUAAUGAGUGAUCCUGCAAAUUACAAUGAUACUUUAGGAAGUCAAAUUAAUCAGAUGGAAAGCUUAGCAAAUGAAGAAAUUAUCAGCAUAGACUUUGUACCCGAAGAUUCAGACUUGAAAAACAUGAUCAAAUUGCUGUCCUCGAAUCUUUUUGGAGGCUUAAUGAAAUUUUGAAUGAAAUCAUCGAUUUCUGAGCUAUGAAACCAAAGAAAAAAGUAUAUAGCAAGCUAUAAUAUAUUAUGCGAAGAAUACUCAAAAAAGUAUCCAGAUGAUUAUAACUAUCUUAUUGAGUCUGUAGAAUAUAAUUGAACCAAAGCAAUCAAAUGUUUCCUAACUCACUUACCUGAAAUGAUGAAUAAACUUUUAGAAAUCGAAAAAUGUGAUGAUUUUAGUACAGUUUUUAAUGCAACAAAACCAUUUUUCAUAAUUCUGCUGACUGAGAGUAUGUAUAAACUAUGGCAAAAGCUUUUUAUAAAAAGUCAUAUCCUGCAAUCAUUGAUUAUCGACGCAUUUUAUAGCAUCCAGGAGACUUUGCCGCCCAUUAAUAUGAUAGAAACUAAAUUUUACUUUUCCGCCUUUGAUAAAUCAUCAGUGGAUUUUGGAAUUGUUGAGAUUAGAAGCGAUAUAAAAAUAUUAAUCAAGGAAUUUACAAAAAUUCCAACUAUUAUGCAAUGCUACCGUGAAGUUCUUUCUAAUGUAGAGAUAAAUAAAGAGGAUUAUGAAGGUUUUAUUGAAGAAAUUUUGACAAAAACAUAUUUGAUAAAAUUUCCUAACUCCCCCCCUCCGUGAGUGAACAAAACCAUUAGAAAAAUCGCCAUUUUUUGCCCAAAAAACUACCCUCCGUGAGUGAACAAAAAUUUUUUUUAAUAGAAAAAUUUUUUAUGGAAAAAAAAUUUGAUAUAUAAGUGAUAAUUAGUAUAAUGAAAUCUAGAGCUAAUUCUGUUUAAUUUUAAACGAAUUGCUUUUUAAAACAUAAAUUUUAUAAAUUAAAUUAAUAUUUGCUUUCCAAUUUUCGCGAAUUAGGAUUUUUUUAAAUUUCGACAAAAACAAAAAUUAGCCCCCCUCCGUGAGUGAACAAAAUUUUUUUGUUCACUCACGGAGGGGGGGAGUAAGGGUGUUUUUGGUAAAUCAACUUGCAAUGAUUUUAUAUUCAUCUCAAAUUACUCAGAAGUAGAUGAUUUUGAGUUGCAAAAGGGGGCAAUAUUAGUGACUUUUCUUCAUGAAAUAAGCCAUUUAUUGGGAAGAUAUAAAACAGAAAAUUUAUCUCAAAAAUUAAAAUACGAUUCUCCAAUUAUUGAUAAAUACCCUAAAAGUGAAGCCGGAGGACAAAUAGAAAAACAAAUUUUUGAUGGAGUUCUUAAAAUAUUGACAAAGCCUGCAGCUCAUUAUUUUUGUAGUUUACGUAAAAUUGAUAAUUUAGGAGAUUUCCAAUUUGAAUUCAUGAACUUAAACUCUGAACAAGGAGAUCAUGUCAAACUAAUGAGAGGAGGUUUAAAAGAAGAUUGUGUGAUAUUUGGAUCCUGUGGAAACAAAAAGCCAAUUAUACGCGAUUUUCAAUUUUUAAUUCAGAAAAAAUAA